UUUUAGAACAUUUUUUAGAGUGUAAAUAGUUUGGUUGGGUUUGGACUUGAGGCGGGGUUGGGUCUGAAACAUCAUAGACCGCAGUUGGCCUCGUUUCUGCCGAGUUGUCUCUGCUCUGGUUUGUCGACCCGGCGUGGGCCGUGUCCCUGUCCCAGAACAAAGACAGACAGAGUCUGCGCCUAUCCUCUCUCUCUCUCUCUCUCUCUCUCUCUCUUGCCUGUGGUUGCUUUCGUCUGGAUUGUGGAUUUCCUCUCUCUCUCUCUCUCCCCUCUUCGAUCUAUCUCACCUUCACCACCUCUUGCUGGUAAGCAACCUCUCUCUCUCUCUCUCUAUAUAUAUAUAUAUAUAUAUAUGCUGAAACAGGAGGGUUUGGAACACAAGGAGGGACCGACUUACUUUAAAGGCUUAAUAUUUCCCAUGGCAUCUGAUUUGCAUAGUAUGGAUCCAAUUCAUGCAAUCAGAAAUGGACUAAAUUGACAUCUCCUUUGGUUAAUAGCUUCUGGUAUUAUAUUUCAUGGCUCGGAAGGGAAGCCAACAGAAGAAUGGGUUGGAUCGCAAUUCAUCGAGCAACAAGAAAGGAGUUUCAGAUUCAGGGUGUGCAUUGCCAAACACUAAGAAAAGAGGAAAAGUAAGCCAGGGAAAGGUUGUUGGUGGGGAGGAACUCCCAAAUGGUAACCACCCGAGCGUACCUAGUUCAGAAAGUGUGAAUGAAACUGAUCAUAUUGGAGAUGAGAACAAAAGCAAGCAAAAGUCCAGGAAGUUAAUGAGAAAAGAGAAGCAAGGUAUGAGUGUGACUCAGGGUGUAGAGCAACUGGUGCCCUGUGACAGUAAUUCAGGAGAUAGCGUAGAAAAUUUACCUACGAUGGAAGCUUCUGGUUCAAGAGAUGAAAAUGGAACACCACCAAACAGUAAUCAUGGUUCAAUGUAUUCAAAAAGUAGUUUUGGCCACUCACCAAAUGGAUUGCACACAGAUGAUACAAUGGGUAAUUUUGAGUCAGACACAGUUGUUGGGCAUUUGAGUGCUUCAGCUUUGUCCAUUUUCAAGGGAGCUACUGAAUGGCUAGAAAGGCAGAAACCAUUGUUUAUUACUCUGACAGCCAACAUGUCAAAUGCUGCUUGUUUUGUUCGGAAGAAAGUUGAACAUGCAUAUCCAAUUGUCUUGAGAUGGCUCAUGUAUUUUGGAAACAUAAUGCUUCUUUUGUCAAUGGUUUGGUUGGAUAGUGCUCUGAGGGGCAUUGACUCCUUUCUACACAUGGGGACAACAUCCUUCUUCUCAAUUAUAUGGUGCAGCAUUCUGUCAAUAAUUGCAAUGAUUGGAAUGUUCAAGUUUGCCGUGGUCUUGGUUGUAACGGCUUUGGUGGGACUUCUUGUUGGUUUCACCAUUGCAAUUCUGUUAAUUGGCAUUUCUGGAAUUGUUUUCUUGUGGUUUUGUGGAAGUUUUUGGACAACAGGACUUGUCAUUUGUUCUGGAGGGUUGGCAUUCAUGUUGAGCCACGAACGCCUUGCGCUGUUAAUAACCACUUCGUAUUCCAUAUACUGUGCAUGGACAUAUGUUGGGUGGCUUGGCUUACUAUUGGCUUUGAAUUUAUCUUUCAUCUCUAGCGAUGCUCUAAUAUACUUUCUGAAGAACAACAUGAAUGAGCAUAGGAGGCCGCACCGGGCCACUGAACAAACAGCGGGAAAGCAAGGUCAAUCAGGCUUCUUCUAUAGUGAGCCUGAGUUUUCAUGUCCUGAAACUGGUUCUGGUCCAUCAGCUGAUCGUAGCCCGGGAAUACCAUCUACUAGCGGGACUGAUUCUGAGAUAACAUCUGAAGAUGAAGUUGUUAGGUUGUUAAACUGUACAGAUCAUUAUUCGGUGUUGGGCCUGUCCCGGUAUGAAAAUGUAGACGUUUCUAUACUUAAGCGGGAGUAUAGGAAAAAGGCAAUGCUGGUUCAUCCUGAUAAAAAUAUGGGCAAUGAAAAGGCUGUGGAAGCUUUUAAGAAACUUCAGAAUGCAUAUGAGGUUUUACUUGAUUCCUUAAAGCGAAAAGAAUAUGAUGAUGAAUUAAGGAGGGAGGACCUCCUGAACUGCUUCCGUAGGUGCUUCCGCAGGUUUCAAAAUGCAUCUCAAAAGAAUGGAAGGCAUAAGUUCUUUGCCUCUGGAUUUGCGCGCACAGACGCUGAUGGUGAGGACCCUCUUGUAGAGGCAAGACAGAUUUCCUGUAGAAAGUGUGGAAAUUUUCAUAUCUGGUUUCACACCAAAAAAUCAAAAUCUACAGCCAGAUGGUGCCAGGAUUGCAAAGAUUUUCAUCAAGCGAAAGAUGGAGAUGGAUGGCUUGAACAAUCUUCGCAACCAUUAUUGUUCGGAAUAUUGCAAAAGGUAGAUCCUCCUCGUGCAUAUGUUUGUGCUGAUGGCAAGAUAUAUGAUGCAACUGAAUGGUACAUUUGUCAGGGAAUGAGAUGUCCGGCCAAUUCUCACAAGCCAAGCUUUCAUGUGAACCCAAGUUUAACUGCAAAGCAUAACAACGGGAAGGGAACAAGCUCAGGGCAACGAGGAGGCGCAAUGCCAUCAUCUAAUCUUGAAGAGGGCAUGACAGAGGAGGAAUUCUUCGAGUGGUUACAGAAUGCCGCACAAGCAGGCAUGUUUGACGAUUUUCCUGGCAGCACUUCAAGUGAAAGCCCAUCUACGAGGCCCGGGAACUUCUCCAAGAGUGCUGGCAGCAGUAGUGGCAGCAAGCGAAAGAAAAAAGGAAAGAAGCAAUGGUAGGGUAAAAAAAAUUUGCAAGCCUGAUAAAGAGGGUUUAUAGGCUUGGGUAAAGACCUGUCUGUAGUCUUUUUGUCAAAAUGAAGGCCCCAGGGUAAAUCUGCUAAGUAUACAUGGGUAUGAAUUUGACCAAUUGGUCUCCCUUUAGCCUGCAUCAUACAGAGUUUGUAAAGCUUCAUCCUCCCUCUCUUCCCCAUCUCGUCUUUCUUUUAAAAAUAUACCCUGGAGCAUUGUAUCGGUUUGAAGUAGAAUGCCCACAAAGUUUGGCAAAUAUUCUCACAUCGAGUACUUUCCUGCCGUGCCCUACUGUUUUUUCUUUGUGAAGUUCU